GUGGGAAUAACUGAUUUUGUUGGAUUAUUGUCAGUUGUUUCUCGGUUGUCGCAAUGCGCUCUUACAAGAAGGCUUAACGUAAAACCCAAGAACACCUCGUCGUUUCAUAUGCAUUUUUGAAAUAGGAGAUCGAUCUAUAUGUUGGACAUUCCCACUACUUCUCAAAGAUUUCCCGAAGUGAGUUGACUGUGCAUGCUUUUGUAACCAGUAAAGAGAAGGUGUCGUCUGAAAUGAAUCGAAUUGCUGUUAUUGGGAAGAGGGAAUCUGCAACCAAACAAGAUCAACCCCCAAGGAAUGAUGUGAAAGUAAAUCCUCUUUGGAAUGAGAUGUUAGAACCCCUCCUUUUUGCUUUGAAGGUCGUUGGAGUCUUUCACGAAACAACUUUCAAGGGCGCCCUCAAAACCCGGGACCAGACUGAAGGCUCAGGGUGGUUUCCUGAUGCUGAUCCUGAGCCACCUAGGUCGAGGAGUUGGCGGAAUGGCCUUUCUCGGGUAUAUCACGCCUUCGUGUGUAUAUACCUAUGGCUGAAUGCGAUUCGGAUGACCUAUGUUAUUUCUCUCAGUGUCAGGUACGAUCUGAUAACAUUGCAAGUUUACUUUUACGUCGUUUCUAUAUGCAAUACCAUCAUGUUCGCAGUGUGCUACAGAGAAAAAAGAAUGCCCUUGUUCCAGCGUCAUUGGAACUCUUCUGUUACAUUCCUUAACACAAGACGAACAAAAUGCUCAUUCGAUGGAAAGAUCCUCAAAACAAAGGCAGAAAACUUAAAUGGGAACCCUAAACGGUACACCAAAUCGGCUGUUUUUGUAACGAUAACUUGUAUCUGUAUGACACUUUUCAACUUUGCUACUAUGACUUUCUUGACAUUUGGCUUCGGAGGAUUAAACCCGCUGAGUUCAAGUGGAAUCUGUGGACCGUGGCUUACAGAGCUAUUUUGCGGCAUAAACUUGAUUUUCGCACUUUAUGCAACUGCUGCAUACAUAUUCCCGGGUGCCCUUUAUUCCCUCAUAUGUCAUAACAUUUCGUUGAAAUUCGACAACCUGUCAGAAGAAUUCGACCAGGUUCUCAGCUCUUCCCACCCGAUUGAUAAAAAGACAUUGAAUUGUUUUCGGCGAAGACACGCUAUUAUUUGCCACACUGUCGAGGUUGCUGAUGAUGUAUUCUCUCCUCUUGUUGGCGUCAAUUACUCGACGAACAUUCCGCUCAUCAUAUUUCUGUUGUAUCAGCUCUUUUAUAUCGCUGGCGGUGACUUAAUCUACACUGGUCUGACGCUUUUCUGGCUGCUUAGCUGUUCCACCAGUGUGUUACUGCUGUCUCUUUUCACAGUGCGAGUUCAUGACAAGGCUCAUUCCCUUCGCAGACGUGUGCACGAUCUACAGAUGGACACGUUUGACUCAGAUCUAUCUCAGGUUCAGCUUCUAUUCUUGGCCCGGUUGGACGGACCAGAAAUCGGCAUGACAGCUCUUGGUUGCUUCGUUAUUACAAAGGAACGAGUUUUAGCGGUUGUCAGCACCUUGAUCACUUACUUCACCAUCCUCCUCCAAUUUCAACAAACCACUCCUACUACUGAUAUCACCAUGGCAACGACAAACAUGACAACAAAUAUACCCUCUGUCAGCCAUACUUCUCCUGAGCCGUGAUGAUUAUGUCCAAUUGACAUUUGGUGGACCAUCAAUGGAAGGUG